UCAUGUGUGCUGGAGAUAUCAUAAUACUUCAUACAAAAAUUAUAACAACUAUUUACAGUAUGAUUAAAAUAAUAUACAUAUAUGGACUUGAAACGUUACGAGAAUGCAAAUUAGAUAAUCUUUUAAACUUUUGAAGAUAACUAACUUCAGAUUUCUAAUGACUGACAAACACAUAUGCCUACUUAUACAUAUAUACAGUAUACACAUAAAUCUUGUCGUCUUACCUGGUCUUACCUUAACCUAAUCGAAGUUCUUUCACAUAAAGUGAUGACAAUGUUAACAGGAUGGUUGACGUCAACUUUACGUUCUACGUAUAAUUACAGCGCUGGAUACAAUGCGUGCUGUAAUAUAUUUAUGCAGACACGAAAUUAUGCAGCUAGGAGAGGAACUAGAGAAAAGAGAGAUAAACUGAAGAAGAAGAAAGCUAAAGCAGUUGUUGAAAAAGUAGGAUUUAUCCCCCACAAUAUGCGUAAUAAAGUAGUAAAGAAGACAAUUUCUCCGCUUUCCGUGAUAGAUGAUAGUUGGAAACGGGAAGCGAUUGAUGAUGUGUGGGUAGUAAAGUAUCAUCAGUACCCUGUUUAUUCUUUAGAGGAAGCUAUAAAAUGUCAUCGAGAAUUACAUCAUCCAACUAUGAUGAAUAAACCCAAUGUCCCUUUAACUGCUAUAAUAGAUUUAGACUUGAAGCGUGAGAAGAAGAACAGAUUCGUUGAAAAAUUUGCAAGGGUAGUCGAUACGCCGCAUACAUUUAAACAAGUAGGAGAGUUAAGAACAGUACUAGCAUUUUGCAAAAGUCCUACAGAACAAGAGAAUGCAAGAAAUGCUGGAGCAGAUUUUGUUGGCGGUGCUGAAUUAAUAAAACAAAUUCAGACUGGAGCAUUCACUUUUAGAGAGUACCAGCAUAUCAUUGCUCAUGCAGAUAUAUUAACUGAUUUAUUAUUAAUCAGAGGUUUACUAAAAAGGAAAUUUCCAAAUAUAAAAGCAGGAACGUUGGGUAAUGAUAUGUCUAAACUUAUUACAAGAUUCAAGGAUGGAAUCCAUUAUACUGCAGUUCCUGAUGCGGUUCAUAAAGAAUACGGUCGAAUUGAUGCAGUCUUUGGUUUGCUUGAUAUGGAUACAAAACAGUUGGAGGAAAACUUUGACUCAUUGCUUAAGGAUAUCGAAGUAAUGAAACCAAAGCCUGAUGAAUCCUAUAUCAAGAGGUAUACAUCUGUAGAAUGGUGA